GACUCAUGACAUGUUUACAAUUUUAGGCAUUACUCAAAAAUUAUGUGGUGGGAAAGAAUGGAAUUUUCUUUUCGAAAUAUUUGAAGCAACAAACCUGCCUUGAUCAUCAACGAGAAUGAAGAUGCCCUUCUUAGGAAAGUACUUCGUAAAGAAGAAAGGGAAAGGAGGCAAAGAACGGCUGCAAGGCAAAUACAAGAAGCGUGAAAACACAACUGAAAUUCUUGAAGAACGCUUGAAGAGAUGUGCAUCAACACCUUGCUUCCAGUCCGUACUCUCGGAAACAGACAUUUCAGAAUCGUACAUCAUGGACUGUGCUAGCAGUGAUAACGCUGGUAUUGUAAUGGUGGCUCAUGAUAGCAAUCCCAACAGACCACACAGUUGUCAUCUGCAUCCUGAUUUGCCAGAUGCAGGAGAAAGAUUGUCCCAGUCCAGUUUUGAAAACAGUAGGAACAAUAACAUGGGUGAUAUUUUAGAAGCAGUUCAAAGGCUGCAGAUGACUGCAGAAUCAUGUCAGACUUGCACUACUAAUAAAACACCUCCAGAGGCUAGAAAAUUGGGAUACCGACACCCACCUCCAUAUCCUGAACAAAUGGAACACUCUAUAAGCUCUUUGGAUAAGUAUCGGCAUCCUCCACCAUACAGAGAGCCUGUGGAUACCAUGUCGAAGUUCGAUGGAGCUAGUUUCUAUUCACACAGGGCAGGAAAAAUGGCCGGUGAUUACAGUGCUUUUUAUAAUCUUGAGGAAUCAAAUUAUAGACACCCUCCUUCUUACAGUCAUUUCCAAGCACUCCCUGGGCCCUCAGGUGAUAGUAUUUCUCUAGACAGUAGGUUAGUAAAUGGACCUCCGAAGCUUAAAGUGGACAAGAAAGUUAUGAGUGAAUCAAAUUUGACUCCUGGUGGGUACAGUUAUGCACAGAAUGCACCAAAGAAUGUUUCAAACAUGUAUGGUAAUAAAGGACUGUACAAUGUGCAUGGUGGAAAGCCAUUUUCUAAUGUUCAAGAUUCAAUCAGUUAUGAUCUGUCUUAUGGUGAGCCUUACAUACCAGAUGCUGCAUCACAAAGGUUUAGAUUCUAUACAAAUCAGGGUCCUGCAUCUUCAAACAAUGUGUUUAGUGAAAAUGGAAGUGAGGUGUUAACUUCGUAUGGUGAUAGUGGUCUGUCAUAUUCUGGCAGAGGUCAGGGUAUCUACACUUCGCAGACUGAAUCUGCUGUGAAACUGCAAGGACCUGUCACCAUGCAGCAAGGGGGAUUUGGUGAGAAAUUCUUCCCCUCUGGAAACAUGAAUGACAAAAAGAAUUUAGUGUUUAAUGGCAGUCAGCUAAACCAAUUAGAUCUCUCUCUUCCUCCUGGAUUCCAAGUGUCAUGGACUCCGGACGGGAGAAAAUAUUACAUAGAUCACAACACGGAAACAACAGAUUGGUGUCACCCUCUCGAGAAAGCAGGUUUACCAGAUGGCUGGGAAAAAAUUGAAUCCCCAAACUUUGGGGUCUACUAUGUCAAUCAUAACACAAAGAUAACGCAGUAUGAACAUCCAGUGAAAACACAGUUCAUCCAGCACCAGCAGCAUCAACAGAGGAGGGUGUCAGAUGCUGGACGUCCAGAAUCUCAAGCCAUUCCCGCACAGAAUCCCUUAGUGCCAGCAAAUCCAUAUAUUAGUGAAGAAAUACCUGAAUGGCUGCAAAUUUAUGCCAAGGCUAGCCCAGAUUAUGACUGUUUUCUAAAGUGGGAUUUGUUCCGUUACGCGGAGCUAGAUUGUUGGCAGACAAUGCUAAAACGACUGUACAAAAAAGAAGUGGAACAGGUCGUUAUGAGGCAUGAGGAAUACAGACAGGCCCUGCAGAAGGAAUAUGAAAAUAAGCAGAAGAUUGAAGAGGACAAAAGAUUGAGUGAUCAAGCUCUAGCAGAUCUGGAUGAGUUAGAUAAGGAACUUGCCAAGUACUAAGAGAACCACCCUUCUCCCCCACCCCCCCUUCCCUCUCUGUAGCUAGUGCUGAGUGUGGGAAACGCAUGUAUCUAAGUGGUGAUCUAGACUGAUUUUGCAUCUGAUUGGUUGCAAAGGUGAAACAAAGUACGCAUGGACACAAAACCAAAGCGAGACUUACAUCAGAUUGGUUGAUUAGGUGGCAUAGCUUUUUUGUUGGGCCAAUCACAGUUAAGCAAAAAGUGUUGAUUGCACAUUACCAGUCUUCUAACAUCAAAAAUAAUAAACGGCAUGAUAUUUAAUUCUGAUAUUCAUAUGAAGAAUACUUAUUUGACCAGAGUGGUCACAUGUAUGCGCUCUGCAAAAGUAAUGGUGUUAUAUAAAAUUAAAAGCAAAAAUAGAACAUUUACAUUAAAUAGUUUUCCUAGACUAGAAAGUCUUUAGCAUUUAUGGAUGAAUUUUCAUUCUAAUUCAUUUUAAUUUUAAAAACACUAAGAGAAGAGAGGUCCUUGGCUAGUUUGCCUUGCCUCAAUUUUGUAAUGUACGGUAAUAAACCCUACUGUUACAUGGAAUAUAUUUAAGAAAUAAGUAUUAAUGGCUUUGUAGAGCUUUUUUCCAGGUUUAUAUUGGAUAUAUUAAAGAGAGUGUUUUCCUUUUAAUCACUUCCUUAAAAUAA